GACCCUUUAUAGAUGCGCGGAAGCCGUGCGCGGCAGCACGAGAGCUCGAGGCAGAGUAACGCGCCUUUUGUUUUGCUUCUACAACAACAACAUCACCCUCCCUUAUCGCCUCGGCCAAAACAAUAUCAACAAAUGAAAGCUGAUGCAGCCCAGCCUCAAAUCCUUCAAGUAAUGUAAAACUGUCUAAUCUAGAAGAGAGCGGUGAGAGUACUUAUUGGGCCAUCAUCACCAUCACUACAUUCACCUUUCUCCUCUAGACAUUUUUCAAACUGCCAGAAACUCCCCAUUAAUGGAAGAGGCGUCAUUUUGAAGAACCUUUAAUUGGGCCUAACUGAAUUCGGAGGAAGAACCUAUUGCAGAACUCCUUCUGAUGGAGGGUGUCCAUCAUGGCGACAAUUAAUAUGCAUAUUAGCAACUGAAAACCAGUAUUCUGAACAACAACUUUAAAGGAAACAAAAUAUGCUACAGGGUUAGUUCUGUGUCAUAGCUAUGGAUUCACCGGAUACCGAACCACUUCUGCAACACCAUAUGGUUAUUAACAACGAAGACGGUGAUGAGGACAAUCCAGUUUUCCAUCGGAAAAGCGAUUAUGGUUCAGUUGAAUGUAACCAUCGAUUACUUUACCCUGCCCUUCCCGAUGUUCCGUUGACUUCCCCUGCUGCGAGUGAUGAACCGCCACACAAAAUACCAGGCAUUUCCACCAGUCCGCCUGCAGAGGUACCAGAGGAAUUUAAACUCUACAAACGAAGAUGGUAUAUUCUUAUGUUAUAUUCACUGCUUGCUGCAACUCAAAGUGGAGUGUGGAAUACGUUUAGCCCCAUCAAGAGAACUACAGAAGAUGCAUUUGGCUGGAACGAUGCUACCAUUGCCUUGCUAGGAAAUUGGGGUCCUAUUGCUUACCUAGUUGUUGGCAUUGUCUUUUCCUGGAUGAUGGAUGUCAAAGGCCUAAGGAUAUCAUGUCUGUUGACGGCACUUUUAAUCGCCGUUGGAACAAGUCUUAGAUGCAUAACAAUGGACCCACCAGCUGCGACAUGGUUGAUGCACAUAGGACAAAUUCUCAAUGGCCUGGCUGGUCCUGUUGCUUCGGCCGCGCCGCCAUUUUUAUCGGCCAUCUGGUUCGCGCCUCACGAGCGGACAACGGCCACAGCAAUAGCAGUCAUGCUGAACAGUCUGGGCAUGGCCGUCAUGUUUGUCCUGGGCCCAGCACUCGUUCCCGAUGCCACAAACUCCACCAAGGAAUCUGCUCAUAUACAAAGUUUAUUUCAGCCUUGGGAAGAUAACCAGUUCAUUAGCAACUUCUGGAAUGUGUCGGCACAGUUUGAUGCGGAUUCUGAUGCAGCAAGAGCUGAUCGGAUUUCCAGAGAAAAGCACGGCCUGCGCCUAUAUAUGUACAUAGUUGCCGGAUGGUCUAUAGCCCUCUUCCUGGCGAUGCUGAUCUACUUCCCCAGUAAGCCACCCCGCCCUCCUAGUGCAUCGGCCUCUAUACAGCGCAGUAACUUUUUGGCUGGACUCAAGGAUCUUGGAAGACGUGGGCAGUUUUGGUUGGUGUGCGCUAUAUACGGCAUUUCCUUGGGUGUGCUCGGAUCGUGGAAUGGCGUGCUUGAGGUCAUCUUACAACCUCUUGAAAUAUAUCAGAAAGAGGCGGGUUGGAUUGGUUUCUACGGACAGUGUGGUGGCGCUGUUGCCAGCCUUCUGGUCGCCAGGUUUGCUGACUUCUUCACACGCAUCCUCAAGUGGCUCAUCAUAGUCUUCUACACCAUCGGCACAGCGGCACUCCUCGUCUUCACCCUCAUCGCUUGUGGCGUUCUUCCUUUUUCCACAGGUAUGGUCUACGCCUCCAACAUCAUCGGAACCACUGCCUUGAAUGCAGCAGUGCCUCUGAUCUUUGAGUUGGCGUGUGAGCUGUCCUACCCGACAGGGGAAGGAACUGCCAAUGGCGUUCUCACGAUGGUGUACAACUUCGUUUCCGUGGUGAUCCUGUUCAUUUUCAUGAUACCAAAUAUCGGUUCUAUGUGGGCUAAUUGGGCGCUGGUGGGGUCGUCUGGGUUCUGUGUGUUCCUGCUGUUUCUGCUGAAAGAAACAUACAACCGCCUGGAUAUUGACGACCUCAAUCCCACCUUAGAAAGCAUCGACACAGAAAUUAUCAUUCCAGAUCCUCAUUUAUGACGUCAUUUCCUAUCCGCUGGUCAGGCUACAGGAUCACAUUCCAUGCAAGAAAUCAGGUUCUCAUCGACAGCUCUCCUUUUUGUAUCUUGCUGAUGUUUCCGCCAGGGAUUAAUGUUUCUUUGAUCAGUGCGAGCACUGAGAUUUCCGAGGUUAGUGCUGAUGUACCACUGCUUUUUGAACAUGGCGGUUUCUCAACCAGACUCUGUGAUUUAGUAAUGAUGAUCUGCUCUUUCCUUCUACUUUGUACUGCAGGUGCGAUUUGCCCACGUAAUACAAGAAGUAAUGAAACACUAACUAGGAAAAAAGUAUUGUUAGUUAGUCCUUGCUUCUUUGAAGCAAUCUCUGAGGUACUUAAGCGCUGAUAUUAAACCCAUGCUUUGAGUUAUCUUAUAGAGUUUUGCACUGAAAUUUAUUUAUAAGAAACCACACUCUGAAUGGCAGCUUUGCUUCUGAACUAUUAAAGACUCUAAUCUUUUAAUAA